UCAAAUCUUCUGCAUUUUUUCUCUCCUUGCUAUUGCAUAUUAAUCAUAUAGCAAAUCCAAUCUCAAACUUGCAGCACUCUUGUGCAUUUCUCUUCUCUACUUUUGUUUCUUUUUUAUGCUUACUUAGUACUUUUGGAUAAAAUCUUAACCUGCUUGUUCCUCCAAAAAAAAAAAAAAAAAGUCGAUCUCAAUCUCUAAAUCUGUUCAAGUAACAUCCAUUUAUAAUGGCGCUCGAGGGUAUUCUUAUUGCCGGUACAUCUGAAAUGUUGAAAAAGCUGAUUACUAUAGUUUGCAGUGAGAGUAGUCUGGCUUGGGGUGUCGGGGAUGAACUGAAAAGGCUUAAACAAGCAUUGGAGGUUAUUGCGGCUGUAACAUCCGAUGCAGAGAGGAAGCAGAUGAACGAUGCUGCGGUUUUACUUUGGUUAAGAAGGCUCAAGCAAGUUUCUUACGAUGCUGAUGACGUUCUUGAUGAAAUUUCUUACGAAGCUAUGCGUCAUUCUGAUAAUAAGGACAACAAGGUAAAAGUUUUCUUUUCAUCCUCCAAUCAAGUUGCCUUCGGCUUAAAGAUAGCUCAUAAAAUCAAAGACAUCAAUACACAAUUUAAGAAAAUUGCAUCUGAUAUGAAAAUAUUUCAGUUUCAAACCUCUAGUAGUAAUAGUGAUCGUUACGAGCAGCAAGAGCGGCUAACUAGUUCAUUCUUUGGAGAUGUUUCAAAAAUUGUAGGAAGAAAAAAAGAUAAAUCAAAGAUUAUAAGGAUGUUAACAACGAUGAGCAUAUCGCAGUCAACUUCUUUGCAAUCAUCUUCUGCAAAUUCUAACAUACAUGAAAAAGCCUCUGUCAUAUCCAUAGUGGGUAUGGGCGGACUUGGCAAAACAACUUUAGCUCAAUCAAUCUACAAAGACAACUCGGUAGAAAACUACUUCGAAAAAAAUUUGUGGGUAUGCAUUUCUGAUGAUAUUGAGCUGUUUAAAAUUUUAAAAAACAUUAUGGAGUCUGCAACUAAGUCUGAAUGCGAAGACUUCUCGAAUCCGGAAGUAUUAGUAGAAAAAGUUAGAGAACAAUUGGAAGGAAAAAAAUAUUUGCUAGUUUUAGAUGACUUGUGGAAUAAAGAUCCAAUGGAAUGGAAUAAACUCAAGAGUGUCCUAGAUUUCGGCUCUGUAGGCAGCAAGAUUAUAGUCACUACAGGCAGUCAAGAAGUUGCAUCGGUGGUGCAAGGUUUAUUUUCUCCUUACAAUCUAAAUGUAUUAUCUGAAGCAGAAUGUUGGUCGAUUAUGAAGAAUAAAGCUUUUUCUCCGGGUGGAGCAUCUGAGACUCCAAAUAUGAAAAUUAUAGGUGAGGAGAUAGCAAAAAAAUGUGGAGGUUUGCCGCUUGCCGCAAACUUUUUUGGUUGUCUUAUGCACUCACUGAACGAUGAGAGGCAUUGGUUGUCAUUCAGAGACAACGAAAGCCUAGAAACACUAGGAAACCAUAGUGGGGGAAUCAUACCAAUAUUGAGAUUAAGUUACGAUACUUUACCAUCCCAUUUAAAACAAUGUUUCUCAUACUGUUGUUUAUUUCCGAAAUGUUAAGGAUAGAGUCUCAUCUGCUGAAGACUCUCAAUCAAAACAGCUGGCUGACCGUGUAUAAAGGAACGACCGAGUAUUAUGCAUCUGCUUUUAGAUUAGUCUUACGGUUCUUUAGCUAGAAUUAAAAUAGCAUAUGUUGCUUUUGAAUCGGUUGAACAGUUGUAACAACCAUUGUACUUUCAUAUAAAUAACAAGUCGACUCCACAGUUCUAAGUGUGGAAGUCAUUCACCAAAA